AUGGCAUUCGAGACCCUUCGCACCGACAGUUUCUCCCGCAGCAGAACAGAAAUGAGACGGAACAGCAGACCUUAUAAAUCGUCCAAGUGGAUGUUGGCUGUUGCAGUUCCGGCAUUUUUGUGCCUUUCUUUGUUGCAGCCGGUCCAAGGAGCCUGGGUUGACCCAGAUACCCCCAAAGCUGCCAAGGCAAUCAAGGCAUUGAGUCCAGACGACAAGCGAGAGUACGAACUGGUAUUCUCAGACGAAUUCGAACAGGAUGGUAGAACUUUCCACGACGGAACUGAUCCUCGGUGGACAGCCAUCAAGAAGAACGAUUACACAAAUCUAGCGCUUCAUUUUUACCAUGAUGACAAUGCAGUCACAACCAAUGGGGUUCUGAACAUCACCACCGAGUUCAAAACCAAUACCUACAAGGCUUUCAACGAAAAGACCAAAAAGUACUAUCCUGAUGCUAAGCACGUGCAAUCUGCCAUGUUGCAGGGGUGGAACAAGUUCUGCUACAUUGGUGGCAUUGUCGAAUUCAGAGCAAAACUACCAGGUACCGCAGAGAAAGGAGGACUGUGGCCAGCGAUCUGGAUGCUGGGGAACUUGGCACGGGCAACCUACGUGGGAUCCUCAGACUUCAUGUGGCCGUUUAGUUACAACCAGUGUGACCCAAAGAGAAGGCGCACACAAGAGAUCAAUGCUUGUGACAAAAUCCAACACUAUGGCAUGUCGCCAGAGUUUGGUCGAGGGUCUCCAGAGAUUGAUAUCAUUGAAGCUAUGCAGGGAAACAUGAAAGAAAAACUGCCCAGCACGCACAUCAAGAGACCGUACCAAUCCACAUCCUUGCAGGUGGCACCGGGACUGGAAUACGACCGGCCGGUUCUAAUGAAGCGUCCGAAAGAGGGUCAUUGGUAUGUGGGAGUGGAGUACUCGGAAAGAAACCACUCUGACCUGAAUCCGUUCUUCUAUGGCACAACGCUUCAACACAAACCAAAAAGCCUUUCCUACCAGGCUGAUGCCCUAUCAUCCAACACACAGCUUAACCAAUCUCACUUUGAUUCACACCAUCUAUACCGAAUGGAAUGGGAGCCACCUGCUCUGAACGGCUCGGGUGGGUAUCUAAAAUGGUUCACCGACGACGAGUAUGUUUUUGGCUUUCACGGCCAAUCAUUGGACUUCAUGCAGACAGAAAUCCCGACCGAACCUAUGUAUUUAAUCCUCAACACCGCCGUGUCAAGUCACUGGGGAUUCCCCCAACCCUGUCCAGAUGGGUGUAAAUGUGAAUGCUACGAGUGUGGCAACUCUGAUUGUGCUUGCGGUUUGCCAGAAGGAUACUGCGAUAACUUUCCAGCACACUUUGAAAUCGACUACGUUCGCGUUUACCAGGCGAAGAAUGAAUCUAAGCACUAUUUGGGCUGUUCCCCGCCGCACAGACCAACCGAUCGCUGGAUCAGGGGACAUGCCGAACGUUACAUGGAGGAGGAUCAAAAGCGUCCACUGGAGCCCAUCACCACUGGCGGUGGGGCAUGCACGAAACCCGCCGACUGUGGAGGAUCCAACCGGGGUAUCUGUACAUCCAAACAGCUCUGUCGUUGCAAGGACGGUUGGACCGGGCCGCGUUGUCUAGCGCAUGACGCUUUUUACGACUUUGAAUUGAGUCAAACCAAGCCAGAUCUUGACAUGCGGAAUUUCGUGAUGCCACGGGGCCUGGUCGUUUUUAUUGCCCUGCUGGCAGUUGGCUUUGGCUUUGCAUUCAAUGGCUCCCUUAAGCGGCAACUAUCAGAACCAAAGUACGAUCCCGUUGGGAAUGCAAGUUCAUUAAAGUCGCCGAUACAAAGCCAGACGGCAACGAGCUCAUAUCAAAACUCCACAACCGGUACAGGCGGGAAGUCAAAGGAUAUUACCUACUGUGUUAUCGAUGAGAGAUUGGUAAACAAGUAG